AUGUUCGGGAGCGAAGAAGGAGAAGGGGAAUCAGAAGAUUCGGGAUCAGAGAAAAAUGACACGGCAGAGGAAGAGGAACUAGAAGUAAGUCUCAAUACCCUCGCAAAUUCUGUGAAUCCACGUAUUUUUCGUAUCAUGGCUAAGCAUAGAAUAGAAUCCUGGGAGGUACUCAUAGAUACUGGGAGUAAUAAUAAUUUUAUUCAAGAGGCUUUGGUAGAGAAAAUGGGGUUGAAUUGGGAAGAGACUAGGCAAUUUAAGGUGUACAUGGGCAAUGGGCAUUAUCUGUUCACUAUUGAGUAUAAGGCUGGUAAGGAGAACUCGGCUGCAGAACCCUUAUCCCGGCGACAUGAAAAGCAAAAUAUUCAGCUUCGAGCAGCAAUAUCAGCGGGCAGGUAUGAUCUCUUGUUAGAAUUGAGGCAAGAGAACAUGAAAUCACCUGAAUUGCAGGAACUCCAGAAACAAGUGCUCGAGGGGACUGGACAAGACAACCACUAUAGUUUAUGA